GGAUGAGAGAAAAGGAAGGAAAUUCGCCUGCCGAUUAAUACUGAAAUUAUUAGCAUCAGACAGACAUGCUGACUGUACUGGUUCUAGUGGCACUGUUGGUGGUCUCUGUAGAGUCAGACCCCCCGAGCACAGAAGAGUGGAGAUCUCUGAGCAAUCCCAAAAGCAGAAUCCUGUUUUUCAAAAUUCUGCAGUCGUAUCUUGAUGGGAGAGAAAGUCAAGUUCAAGGUGUGGGCAGAAAGACUAGUAUGAAGGAGGACAGGAACAGAAAAACAACAAGUGCUGCUUUUGACAAAUACAGCAACUUUCUUCACAACACUAUUGAUGUUUAUAAUGUUUAAUUGGAUCAAAUCAUACACAUAAGGUACCACAG